GCAAAGCUUCCUUCUCGCUGCUGCCACCGCCACCACCGCUCGCUGCGGACCCGGGGGCAAAGGAUGGGGAUGUGCAAUGAACUGCUACUCCCUCACUAGAUUUGUUCCUUGAUACCCAGCCAAGAGGAGGAUGGCAAGUUAUGCUCCACCCACCGCCUCUCCUUCAUAAAAGGAGCAGCCCCGAGUGCCAGCUUAGUCUGUCUUGCAGCUCGCAGAAAAUAAAGACCCGUCGGCUCUCUCACCUCUCCUGCAAUUUUACCUUUUCUGCCUUUUUUUUGUUUUUCGUUUCUUGUUGCAACAGAGUACGGGAGACAGCAUCAGUGGCUCCACUUUGAGGCUUAUCAGGGCUCAGCGCACGCACACAAACACACUCACAACCCAGAGCAAAAACAUUUGCUCUCACCUGUCUCCAAACCCAAAGCAAACCUCCCGUGCAAGCAAACUGCCAACACUUGGAAUGAGAAGGCACCCGAGCCAGAAUCUAAUGUAAGGGGAAGAAAUUCAGUGUACACUGGCAACUUUUCUCUAAAAAGCAAGUGGUCAAAAGAAUGAAAAGAGCAUUUUAAGAAGAGGACAACUUAAGGAAGAAGAUUUCUUAUUUUGGAUUUCACACCAAACUUUGGAAAAGUUUCUUUUUAUCUUUUUUUUUUAUUCUGAGCACCUUCUUCUAAGAACAGAGACACUGUUACCUGCAUGUAAAAGCUUUUACAGAUACACAUUUUCUUAAAAGGGAAGAAAACCAAGAGGACGAAUAGCAUGUGGACCACCUAGCCAAAGGCACCACUGAAGCAUCCCUUGCGGCAAGGGGGACCCAGACUCUGGAUGUGUUUAAUUCCGAGGGACUGCAUUUUUUCCCCACCGGGCUUAUGAGAUAGCGCAGAGGCAGCGGAGUCACCGAGAAUUACUUCUGUCUCCCCUCACUACCACCACCGCCACCUCCACGUCCUCUUCCAAGGGCUCCUGCGACUCUCCCACCUCCUCCCGGCUCGCCGGGGACAUGGGAACGCGCAGCGCCCUCGAUGCCUGAGGCCGGGCGGCCGCGGGGCUGUCUGCGGGAAGCGCUUCCCUCCCGGGGCUCGCCGUCCAUGUGCCCGCAGCCGGCGGGGCCUGGAGUCGGGAUGAAUUUCGGCGUGGUCUUCGCGUUCAUGCUGUCGCUGCCCCUGGCCCGCAUGGAGGGGGACCCCAUACCCGAAGACAUUUAUGAGAUUUUGGGUGGCAGCUCAGUGCGCUCCAUCAGCGACCUCCAGCGUGCCCUGCGGAUAGACUCCGUAGAGCAGGAUAGCUCGAGCCUGAACCUGAAUGCAACUCAGCCCGAUCAAAAUCCUGUGGCCCUGUCUCGAGAGCGACGCAGCCUAGAUGCUCUGGCAGCAGCAGAGACAGCUGUCCUUGCAGAGUGCAAGACGCGGGAGGUGGUGUUCGAGAUCUCCCGCAGCAUGGUGGACAGCACCAACGCCAACUUCGUGGUGUGGCCGCCCUGCGUGGAGGUGCAGCGCUGCUCCGGCUGCUGCAACAACCGCAACGUGCAGUGCCGCCCCACGCAGAUCCGCGUCCGGCACGUCCAGGUGAACAAGAUCGAAUUUGUCCAGAGGAAGCCAAAAUUCACCAAAGUCGUUGUGCCUUUGGAGGACCAUGUGCAGUGUCGGUGUGAAGCCGUGUCCCGACCACCCCCCAGGAGCAUCCGCCCAGGGCAACGCGAACAGAGACGCUUGUCACCGGCGUUCACCACAGCCGCUGUCUCACAGAGGCGGCGAGUACGCCGGCCGCCGGCACAGAAGAGGAAACAUAAGAAGUACAAGCAUGUCAACGAUAAGAAAGUGCUGAAAGAAAUCCUCAUAGCAUAGAAGUGCUGGCAGGGGAGAGAGAGCACAAGGCAGGUUUAUUUAAUAUAUUUGCUGUAUUGCCCCCAUGGGGUCCUUGGAAUGAUAACUUUUCCUCUUUGUCCAUCUGCCUCGAUGUCUGAUUCAGACAGCAACUGGUGCUUCCCUUUCCAUCAGUGGACCUUCUCCCACCAAAGUCUCCCUUUCAUUUAUUAGCAUAAUUUUAAAGUUUUACACACACACACACACAAAAGGACAAGGAUGACCUACAUAGACAUAUAUAUGUGAGAAAAGAACAAAGUACAAACAAACCCGUGAAUGCCAACAGCCACAGCUUGCGAUGAGAA